UAUCAAUAUCUAAAUAGAAAGUAAUAGAAUUCAAAUAUUUAACAAGAAAAGUUGUUAUUAGUAACAUAAUAACUUAAGCAGUGGUAUAAAAUAUUCUUAAAAUAUAUUUUAAGCUAAACAAUGUCAGCAUUACGCGCGAGAUCAAGUUUAUCAAUACAAUUCGCUAAGAGGUUACUUUUUCAAUCGAGAAAUAAUGCAAAUUAUAUUAAUCGAAUUACUAUUUUAAGAACUCAGCCGGGGUCAUUUUCUCUUCAAUCGGCAAAAUUUAGUACUGUGUCUGAUCAGCAAAAAGCUGAAAAUUUAAAAUCUAGUCCGGAAAAGAAAGAAUUUCAGGCCGAAACGCGCAUGUUACUUGAUAUUGUAGCAAGGUCUUUAUAUUCAGACAAAGAAGUAUUCAUUAGGGAGCUUAUAUCCAAUGCAAGUGAUGCACUGGAGAAGUUCCGUUAUUUAAGUGUAAGUGGUGCAGAGGGUGCCCCACAGCUGGACAACACUGAUAGAGCACUGGAAAUUAAACUCAUCACAGACAAACAAAAUAGAACUAUUACAUUCCAGGAUAAUGGUAUAGGUAUGACGAAAGAUGAAUUAAUACAAAAUUUAGGUACCAUAGCUCGAUCCGGCUCCAAGUCUUUCAUAGAAGAGAUAAAAAAACAAGGUGCAGAACAAGCUAAUACAAUAAUAGGCCAGUUUGGUGUAGGUUUUUACUCAGCCUUUAUGGUAGCUGAUAAAAUUGAAGUUUACACGAGGAGCAGUAAGUCUGGAUCACCAGGAUUGAAAUGGAAUUCAGAUGGCUCUGGAACAUAUGAAAUCCAAGAAGUGGAUGAUGUUCCAAUUGGAACAAAGAUAAUUGUUUAUCUCAAAACAGAUUGUAGGGAGUUUGCGGAUGAUGAAAGAGUUAAAGACAUAAUCAAGAAAUAUAGCAAUUUCAUUGGAAGCCCAAUUUUGUUAAAUAAUGAACAAGUCAACUCAAUAAAGCCCGUAUGGUUAAUGGAACCAAAAGAAGUUACACAUGAACAACACGUAGAAUUUUAUAGAUUUAUUAGCAACUCAUAUGAUAAGCCACGUUUCACAUUGCAUUACAAAACCGAUGCACCCAUCAGCAUUCGGUCCAUUCUUUAUGUUCCUGAAGGGAAACCGGGUCUGUUUGAAAUGUCCAGGGAUUCUGACGUUGGUGUUUCACUGUACUCCAGGAAAAUAUUGAUUAAAAGCAAAGCUGAUAAUAUUCUACCAAAAUGGUUAAGAUUUGUUAAAGGUGUUGUGGAUUCUGAGGACAUACCACUUAACUUAAGCAGAGAACUACUCCAGAAUAGUGCUUUAAUUGUAAAACUGCGAACAGUUUUGACAAACCGAUUUAUAAAGUUUAUGUGUGAAAUGGCUCAGAAAGAUCCAGUCGGAUUUGAUGCAUUUUACAAGGAUUACUCGUUGUUUUUGAAAGAAGGAAUUGUUACCAGUCAGAGUCCUUUAGAGAAGGAAGAAAUUGCAAAAAUGCUAAGAUUUGAAUCAUCCAAAUUAGAAGCGGGAGUCAAGACAUCUCUAGCUGAUUAUUGUGCGAGGCAAAAGGAUGAUCAAAAAUCUAUUUAUUAUUUAGCUGCACCGAGUCGCCAACUCGCCGAAACAUCACCGUAUUACGAAUCUCUUAAAAAACGCGACCUUGAGGUGCUGUUCUGUUAUGAAAUGUAUGAUGAACUGGUUCUAUUAGAACUUAAAGAAUUCGGACGACGCUCCUUGGUCUCGGUUGAAAAUGACAUGCAAAAAGAAUCGACUGAUAAAAGUGAAACAGUCAUCGGUAGUGACGAUCUGCAACAAAACGAAGUUAACGACUUAAUAUCGUUCUUAAAAACAAACUUAAAUGGCAAAUUGUUUGAAGUGCGCACAACUCAAAAGCUGGACACGCAUCCGUGUGUCAUUGUAAUACCAGAAAUGGCCGCCGCACGACAUUUCAUAAGAACACAGGCGCAAAACCUCAGCGAAGAAAACAGAUUCGCUCUAUUGAGACCGCAAUUAGAAAUAAACGCAAAACAUCCAAUAAUAAAGAAGUUACACAAACUCGUAUCCAGUGACAAAGAAUUAGCUAACAUGGUAUCCCAGCAGCUCUUCUCAAAUGCCAUGGUGACUGCAGGUCUGGUUAUGGAUCCAAGAAAUUUAGUCAAUCAUAUUAACGACCUUCUAGUGAAAGCUUUAGAAAAACAUUAAUUAUAUUUAUUAGAUGUAUGUUAAUUAAUAAAUAAUGAUGUUAUGGA